AUGACAAAACGCGAAUGCGCGCAGCCAAACAAUCGAACUGAGUGCGAAGGCAACAACAAGUACGAAGGAUACUGUAUCGACCUGUUGAAACUGCUGGCCGAUCGUAUUGAAGGCUUCAACUUCGAGGUUUAUCUGGGUGAGAAAACCGGCUCGAAACUACCUGACGGCAGUUGGGACGGUAUGAUGGGUGAUUUGCUCACUGGAAAAGCUGAUGUCGCUGUCGCCUCACUUACAAUCAACCAGGAGCGCGAACGAGUGGUGGACUUCUCAAAGCCGUUUAUGACCACUGGUAUUUCCAUCAUGAUCAAGAAACCGGACAAACAAGAAUUUUCAGUCUUUUCAUUCAUGCAACCGCUCAGUACUGAGAUUUGGAUGUACAUCAUUUCGCCUAUAUUGGUGUGUCAGUAG